UUGUUUUGACGUCAUAUGUUGCAUCUCUUGAAAGCGAGUCUGAUCUUCAAUCGAGCUAAUACAUUUACUUUAUUUUCACACAAUCAAUUAUGUCGCACAGUCACGGAGAAGAUGAUUGCUGCUCGGAAGACCACGGGAGUGUUGGCCAAUCGAGACUGGAGAGCUAUGUAUUCAGUUGUGAAUUAUCCUCCAAAGUACCGUUCUACACAUUCCAAGGGGACGAAGAGGAGGAUUUGGAACACUUUCUCGAGCUACGGACGGUUUGCUUGGGAGAGGGAGCGAAGGAGGAGAGUAAUGUGGUGGAGGUGACCGCUAUGAACCACCAGGGGAAAACUAUUUCUGUACCUGUCGCCAACCUCCAUAUCAACUGCCUGCCAAUGGUGAGUCUUGGGGAGUUUGAGCUGAAGGCCCCUGUCACCAUUAGACUGAAGUCGGGUACCGGACCAGUGACAGUUAGCGGUCUGCACCUCAUUGCCUCUGACAACGCUGACUCUGACUUGUCUAGCGAAGAAGAAGACUUGGACGAAGAGAUAAUCCCCAUCAAACCAGCCAAAAAGAAACAGAAGUUGUAAAGAGACUGGAUAUCUGAUUAAUAAAUGUUUAUUUAGGGAAUAAAGAUUCUUGUACCAAUAGGAAACAUGAAAUUCAGAUUCUCUAUCCCACAAGAAAGUUGUUUAGGAAUGUGGGAAGAAACAUACCGGGGGGAAAUUAUGGAUGAAAGAUGCACGAAUAUGGGCCUAAUUUUUUAUCUUUGGCUGUGGCCAUGUUUGGGUUGUGGUUACUGAACCAUGUCCUCGGGAUUAGUCUACUCUCUUUGGCCUGUUGGAGUGAGCUCUUGUUUUCAGCUGUGGAAUUGUUUGGUUCCAUUAUAAAGAAUCAAUUGCAAUGUAUUAAAUACAAUCAAGAUCCUAAGAUGGUUUUAUUAUUAUUGUAACAAGUGUUUGGUUGAGUGGAAAUGGAUAACUAAACUUUUGGUCCUGUGUGGCUCAGUUGGUAGAGCAUGGCGCUUGCAACGCCAAGCGUCGUGGGUUCGAUUCCCGCUGGGGCCACCCAUAUGUAAAAGGAGUGGUCCCAGCCAACUUGUAAGUCGCUUUGGACAAAAGCGUCUGCUAAAUGGGAUAUAUUUUUGGGAAAUAUUAGGCUGGGACCCAAUCCGAUCGGCCAUGCGGAAACCACAUUCACGGUAAAUGGUACACAUGUCGGUUCAGUCAGAAAUUACCUUUUAGUUGUCAAUGAUCUGAAUGAAUCCCUGCCAUAGUUUCUUACAUACUUUCUUGUGGUUACAGCACCAUCAGUUGACUGAAUUUUUUUACUGUUGACUUUCAGAGUUGAAAUGUACCUUUGUUGGUGAAAGUGGAUAUACAUUCAUGUUUGCAUGCUAUCGUUUAUUUGGAUAACAUUAAAUCUAAUUGUAAAUGGGGUUUCCAGGUUGGUGGGGAAGGGGGUUGGAGAGGUGGGGGUUAAUGUAUUGGUUUUCUUGCUCUUCUGGCUGGGUUGGAUUUGAACAAAUCAGGAUAAAUAAGUUAGCCAGGUAGCCUUGAGAAACACUCAAGCUUACAUUGGUUAUUGAAAGUAGCCGCACAAAAAAGUUAUGGUCCGUUUUGUACUAUUUAGGGAAAUGAAAGCUUGCUAAUUGAUCCUUUGGUCAUUUUUGUUGUACAUUUUCAGAUUCUAUAAAUAAAAACACUUUUGGUAUUA